UUAUUAUUUUAAACCAGACUUAAAUAAAAACUGUAAAAUAAUAUUAUCUACUACUUUCCUCCUGAAUGACGUUACCAUGGAGAGCGUUGCUGUGUGACGCCAGUUGGUAAACAGGAAGUGUCUGCUCUGCCCUACUGUGUGCUGUUAAAAAAGACAAAAAAUGGACGAAAACUUUCAUCUUGGAGACGCCGGCAGUGAAAAAAAGGUUGCAAAGUCUGGGCGAAGAGCUCGUUUCACAGCGGAUCAGUCUUCAUUUGAGGAUUCUCGUUAUGCCAGGAAGUCCUCCAGCUCUGCUUCAGUGGGAGAGGAUGAAGAUGAGGCCCCGCCUCCUAAACCAGCACGACGGCAGGGCGGCUGGGCAGAAGAAAGCUCUGGAUCGGGAUCAGCCAAAGCAUCACGACGACCUGCGGCUGAGAAUCUGGAAGACCGCCGACUGCAACCACAAACUCCCCAGGGAUCAGAUGAUGAAGGAGAUAUUCCAGUGAUUCCAGACCUUGAUGAAGUCCAGGAAGAAGACCUCACCAUGCAAGUUGCAGCUCCACCGAGCGUCCAGGUGAACAGAGUGAUGACCUACAGAGACCUGGACAACGAUCUGAAGUAUUACUCUGCCUUCCAGACGUUAGAUGGAGAGAUUGACUUGAAGCUCCUCACCAAGGUUCUAGCGCCGGAGCAGGAGGUGAAGGAGGAUGAUGUGAGCUGGGACUGGGAUCAUCUGUUUACAGAGGUGUCCUCCGAGCUGCUGAUGGAAUGGGAUCAAGGAGAGAAUGAGGAUCAGGCCGCGCUGCCUGUAACAUGAGGACGAGGCUCGGACUCAGAGAUGAAAAAGCUGCAGAGGAAGUCCAUCACACAACCGGACCAGGGACUUUGGUUACGUCACCUUCUUCACUUACUCUUCUGUUCAUCAUGUAAAUUGUGUAUAUAAAAAGUGUAUAUAGAACAUUUCUUGCCUUUUCUAAAUAAAGCGCGUCGUCUCGCUACAGUAACGCGGCUGCUGACCUUCCUCGUCUUUGUCCGGGUUUUUUGUUUUUGUAGUCUUCAACUUAAAACAGCCAAAAGGCAAAGUGAUUUUGGAUAAAAAUGUCCUCCGCGCGCGCGGCCAACUUUAUCAACAUCCUCGUACCCUCGCACAAGUCCAAGGUUGAUAAUCAGCUAAGCUGAAAUCCGGUUGAUUGUCUUCAAAUGAACAUUCCUCAUUAAAGCCUACAACCCUA